AUGCUAAAUGGCUCAAUAUCACAAAUGCCCUAUCAAAUCAUAAUACCCUUCUUACCAUUCAUCACUGAGUAUGUUUUCUUAAAAGGAUAAUAUGGGUUGAUAUGCUAAGCUGCUUGUCACAUUGGGAUCCUGUUGGCAAGAAUAAUAGUUCCAAGAUUUAUUAUCUCAUUUGGUUCUAGAUUGGUAAUAUGCACUGGCGCACUCUUAUCACUUUCCUUUUUUAUCUACUUCUUCUACAUGAUUGAUAAAAUAUUUGAAUACACAAUGCUCCCAGAUAGAGAAGAGUAUCAUCUGGACAGUCAUUUUUCUGUUCUAAUUGCUUUGAGCUUUAUUUUUGGAUUCGGGAUCUUCAUGAGUUAUGAAGGUAAUCAUUUGUAUGUAAAACAUUGUGCAAUUAAUGUAGAAAAUGAUAUAAUGAGAAAGAAAAAAGAAUACAUUUACUCAAAGAACUACCAGCAAAUAAUAUUUUUUUUCAGAAUCUUAUCUAUAGUAGCUGCUGCAUUUAUUUUUGCUAAUUACAAUAUUUAUCUUAUCUCUACAAUACAUAAGCUUAAUCAUCUUGUGAUUUAUUGCGCAGCCCUUUCAUUUGCAUCAUUUGUAUUCUCAUUAAUAAUGGAAGCUCCUUAUUAAAAUCCAAAACUAAAGAAUUCAAGUAUUUUUGAAGAGGAAUCUGAAUCAAAUUAUAUCAACAGAAUUUAGUCAAAACUAAGUAAAAAUCAUAUCAAUGAGCAUUACGAGUAUGAGGGUUCUUAUCUGAAGCUAAGCCAAUACCUUCAAAAAGAUAUUUUAUCAAAUAUAUUUUCAAUGAGAAUGCUUAAAUAUCUUCUACAUAUAAUUUGUUCUGCUUCAAUGAAUACAAUGUUUGAGUCAGUAGCUUUCAUAUUUAUCUCCACUAAGAUUAGGGAUAAUGUUUAGGAACACAUAACCAGAACAACCUUUUUCAUGUUUAUUCCAUAUAUCGGCAUUUAAAUGUUAUUUUCUUUCUGCACAUGCAGAGCAUGCUAUGAAUUCAAUGACUAUGGUUACUAAAGAUCUAAUAGGAGAUGGGGUUCAAUUAUAAACUUCCUAAUGUUUGCUGGAAUGUGUGUACUAGCUGUAAUAUUUAGACUUAAAGAAUGGGAUUUUUAUCAAAUUAGUGCUCAGCAAACAAUAGGAAUAUUCAUUGGUGGAUCUGCUUACUGCGGGCUGUGCGAUUUACUAUUUUAAAAAUAGAGGAAAAGCUUGGCCUACUAGUAUCAAAGGCAUCUAAGUUUUUAUCGAGCAACUUAAAUUGUUGAAGAAUUCGUUAAAGCUGUUAUAUAAGUAUUUUUGUUUUUCCAGUACUUUAUCUUUCUUGAUUAGUGGAACUUUGAGGAUAUUUUAGGAUUCUAAUUCUUCAUUCUUAUUGGUUUAUCACUUGCUAUUGGCUUAUUUCUUUAGAUUUUAAUAUGUUUAUGCUUUUGA